AUGAGGGGGGACCGGCACUGGGGACCCGGGGGAAAACUAAGGGAGAUAGGGCUCAUUGACCUCUUAGAUUCCAUUUUGUUCACUCAUAAUCCCACCUGGGAUGAUUGUCAGCAGCUGUUGCAGGUGCUCUUCACCACGGAAGAACGGGAGCAAAUUCUGGCAGAGGCGCGGAAACGGGUACCAGGGGUCGACGGGAGGCCAACUGCCCAGCCUCAUCUUGUGGACGAGGGGUUUCCUCUGUUGCGGCCUAACUGGGAUUUUGAGCGGGUGGAAGGUAGGGAGCGUCUCCGAGUGUACCGCCAGACUCUAAUGGCUGGCCUGCGGGCUGCAGCAAGAAAGCCGACAAAUCUGGCAAAGGUAAAUUUAGUAAGGCAAGAGCCCACUGAAAGCCCGGCAGCCUUCCUAGAGAGGCUGAUGGAAGCUUUCAGGCAAUAUACACCUAUGGACCCCCAGGCUGAGGAGUCACGCGCUGCAGUUCUGUUAGCGUUCGUGAAUCAGGCAGCCCCAGAUAUUAGGAAGAAAUUACAAAAGGUAGAGGGAUUGGGAGAACAGACAAUACAGGAUUUACUGAAAGUAGCUGAAAAGGUAUUUAAUAAUAGGGAGACCCCAGAAGAAAGGGAAGAGCGAAUUCGGCGGGAGGAAAGGGAAUUAGCGGAGAAGAUCAGGAAAGAAGACAGGGAACAUAGGGCUAGAGAAAACCGGAAGAACCAGAAGGAGCUAGCCCAGAUUCUUUUUGCGGGGAUAAAGGCUGGAACAGAAUUGAGGGAACCUCGAAACCCCCAGACGGGAGAAAAAGAAAAACCAAAAAGGCAGGCCCUAAAGAAGGAUCAGUGCGCCUACUGCAAAGAACAGGGGCACUGGAAAAACGAGUGCCCUAAGAGGGACUCAAAGAGAGGAAUGACCCAGAGAGAAAAAAUCCCCCCUGGAACUCGAGUUCUAUAUGCGGGGGAAGACAGUGACUAGGGGAGUCGAGACUCGGCACCCCUCCCCGAGUCCUGGGUAACCAUACAUGUGGAGGGGAAACCCGUUGGCUUCAUGGUAGAUACUGGCGCCCAACACUCUGUUUUAAAUAAAAAACUGGGACCAAUGUCUAAGAAAGCCAGCUUAGUGCAAGGAGCCACGGGGACAAAAAGAUAUUGUUGGACCACAGAACGGAAAGUAAAUCUGGGGACCCACCAGGUGUCCCAUUCGUUUUUGGUGAUACCAGAAUGCCCAGCCCCUCUACUUGGAAGAGACUUGUUGACUAAAGUUAAUGCUCAGAUCCAUUUUGACCCCGGGGGAAUGUCAGUCACGGAUGGACUUGGACAACCGAUACAUGUCUCCCUAGCCUUAAGGGAUGAAUACAGACUUUUUGCGCCUAAGCCCUCAGAGACCAUAGCACUAGAUGUACAACCGUGGGUCCAUAAAUAUCCAUUGGCCUGGGCAGAAACAGCAGGAAUAGGACUAGCUAAACAGAGACAUCCGGUCGUCAUCGAGCUAAAGGCCGAGGCAAUUCCUGUGAGGGUGAGACAGUACCCUAUGAGCCAAGAAGCUCGGCGGGGGAUCACUCCCCACAUUCGACGGCUCAUGGAGGCCAGAAUUCUCAGGCGAUGCCAAUCCCCUUGGAACACCCCCUUACUGCCGGUGAAGCAGCCAGGGGGGACGGAUUACAGACCUGUCCAAGACCUGCGAGAAGUCAACAAACGGGUGAGUGACAUACACCCAACUGUCCCUAACCCGUAUACUCUCCUGAGCAGUUUACUGCCUGAGUACACUUGGUACACUGUGCUGGACUUGAAGGAUGCCUUUUUCAGCCUACCCCUGGCAGUCCAGAGCCAGGAGAUAUUUGCCUUUGAGUGGACUGAGGGGGAAGGCCAACCGGUAGUACAAUUAACUUGGACCCGCCUCCCACAGGGGUUCAAGAACUCCCCUACCUUGUUUAAUAAGGCUCUGAGUGAGGACCUCUACGAAUAUCGGGCUUGCCACCCAGAGGUCAUUCUGCUACAAUAUGUAGAUGACCUUAUGUUGGCUGGAACCACAGAGGAAGCUUGCAGCCGUGCCACUGGGGACCUAUUACAGACCCUAGGCAUCUUGGGGUAUCGCGCUAGCGCAAAGAAGGCACAAAUAGCCCGGCAAGAGGUCACCUAUUUGGGGUAUAAGAUCAGGCAGGGGCAAAGGUGGCUAACCCAGGCCAUGAAAGAAACAAUAUUGCAGAUACCAGAGCCCGAAAACCCUCGCCAGGUGAGAGAGUUUCUGGGGACUGUUGGAUAUUGCAGAAUGUGGAUCAUGGGGUUUGCUGAGAAGGCCCGGCCCUUAUAUGAGGGAAGUAAAGAGACCCCAAAGUGGACUUGGACUGAGCCAAUGAAACAGGCUUUCCAGACACUCAGACGGGCCCUACUAGAAGCCCCAGCCCUUGCCCUGCCUAACCCAAAUAAGUCAUUCCAGCUGUUUGUAGAUGAAAAGCAAGGAAUAGGAAAGGGGGUCUUGACUCAACAAUGGGGACCAUGGAAGCGGCCGGUAGCAUACCUUUCGAAGCGAUUAGACCCGGUGGCCGCUGGGUGGCCCCCUUGCCUUCGCAUCAUUGCAGCUACAGCCCUCCUCGUCCGCGACGCUAACAAGUUGACGUAUGGACAGCAACUCUCGGUUUACACCCCCCACGCAGUGGAAGGGGUUUUAAAGCAGCCGCCGGGUAAGUGGAUCUCCAAUGCCCGCUUGACACACUACCAGGCCUUGCUGCUCGAUGCCCCACAGGUGCGUUUUCAGACCCCUUGCUCCCUAAAUCCGGCCACGCUCCUACCCAACCCAGAGAAGGACAGCCCUCUCCAUGAUUGCAGUGAGAUACUGGCUGAGGCCCUGGCGGCACGAAAAGACUUAACUGAUGUACCCCUAAGCAACAGUGAGCUAGUAUGGUUCACCGAUGGGAGCAGUUAUGUAAAAGAUGGGCAAAGGAAGGCGGGAGCCGCCAUAGUUGAUGAUUCAGGGCGGACGAUAUGGGCUGAGACACUACCCCCAAACACUUCUGCACAAAAAGCAGAAUUGAUUGCCCUAAUACAGGCUCUGGAGCAAGCCAAAGGGAAGAGAGUCACCAUUUUUACUGACAGCCGAUAUGCUUUCAGCACUGCCCAUAUUCAAGGUCCCAUAUACCAAGAAAGGGGAUUUCGGACAGCUGAGGGAAAAGAGGUCAAAAAUCUGCCUGAGAUUCGCAGGCUUCUGGAAGCUGUCCAACUACCCCGGGCAAUAGCUAUAGUACAUGUCCCUGGUCACCAGAAGGGAGAAGACCCUAAGGCGCGAGGCAAUCGUGCUGCUGAUGUGGCCGCUCGAGAAGCGGCUAGCCGGGACUAUGCCGCCCCCAUAUUAGCCGAUACCACCCUCCAGAAAGAUGACCAAGAUGGAUGGUACCGAGACCAAAACAACAACCUGAUCUUGCCUGCCACCCUGGGUCGUCACCUGUGUGAACACCUGCACACAACUACACACUUGGGAGAAAAAAAGACCCUAACACUUCUCCAGAUGGCCUGCCUGAGGUUCCCUCGACAAAAUGCAACUGUACGAGAGAUAAUUCAAGCCUGCGAAGUGUGCCAGCUGAUGAGGGCAAAGAAGAAGCAGCACUCGGGAACGAGGUACCGAGGGGAAAAGCCAGGGCAACAUUGGGAGAUAGAUUUCACCGAGGUAAGGCCAGGCAAGUAUGGGUACCGCUAUCUGUUGGUACUGGUAGAUACCUUCUCGGGGUGGGUAGAAGCUUUCCCCACUAAGGGAGAGACAGCAAUAGUGGUUGCUAAAAAGAUCUUAGAGGAGAUAGUGCCUAAGUAUGGGCUGCCAGUGACUAUGGGCUCUGAUAAUGGACCUGCCUUUGUGAGCCAGAUUGUACAAGGGCUGGCCCAAGCUCUGGGGACGAAAUGGAAGUUACAUUGCGAAUAUAAUCCCCAGAGCUCAGGACAGGUUGAGAGAAUGAAUCGGACCCUAAAAGAAACUUUGACAAAGUUGGCAAUAGAGACUGGCGGGGACUGGGUGACCCUCCUCCCCUUUGCACUCUUUCGGGCACGUAACACCCCUUAUAAGCUGAAUCUUACUCCUUUUGAGAUUCUGUAUGGAAGACCCCCUCCUGUGUAUCCUAUUUUCGAAGGAAAAUGUCUGCCACCCCCUACUUUGGGACAAUUCCAGCAAACUCUGAUAGCAUUAAGUAAGGUGCAUAACCAUGUUUAGAAAUUGAUUCGAGAGAUACAUGAGGGCCAAAACAAGAGGGCCCUCCCCUCACAUAAUAUUGGCCCAGGUGAUUGGGUUUGGGUAAAACGACACCAAUCUAAAGUAUUAGAACCUAGAUGGAAAGGCCCUUAUGUUGUUCUCCUUACCACUCCUACCGCUGUCAAGGUCGACGGGAUUGGACCCUGGGUUCACUGCAAUCACGUGCAGCAAGCUACAUCGGAAGAACAGGAAAAAAGGUGGGAUGUCGGAAACAGAGAUCUAGUUAGCUUCACCUUCAAGGACCGUAGACACCAGGGGCCUCAGGUACGAGUACGAUUUAACCAGGAACGGGCAAAAAAAGAAAACCGCUGGACCUCAGGACUGACUUGGGGUUUUCAGCUUCACGUAAAUUGGCCCGGCCCCUACCCAGGCGAGCUUUUAAUCAUUAAACAGGUUAUUGAGCCGGUGCAGGUACAUAGUUUAGGUCCCAAUCUGGUCAAAGCAUUACAGGGGCACAAGGCGACCCCCAAGCCAACCCCCUUCAGACCAAGCUUGCCAGGAACAUUUAACAUCUCCUCUACCCCGAGCCUCUGA